AUGGCCCUCAACUCGUCACCGUCGAUAGCAUGCAUCGGUGUCAUUGGUAAACAUGACCAACCGCUGCACAUCUCCCUCUUUCCUCCCCACAACACCACCUCCACCGCCGAACUUGAUUUCCUCUUCCUCCUCAACUCCUGCCUCGACAUCUUCGACCUGCGGGCUCGUACCACCAAGCUGCUCGACUCCGACCUCGGUCUACUCCAGGCCAUCGACGACCGCCUCUCGUGUUACGGCUGGCUGACGAACACGGGGAUCAAGUUUAUCAUCGUGGUGGACAUGAUGGGCCGGCCUCCGCCCUCUCCGUCUGAAGAAAAUGGGUCCAAGGACUUGGGAAAAGACAAGAGACGGUUUCCUCCUGCAGCAGUGGGACUACGGGAUGCGGAUCUUAAGCCAGCCUUCCGUGCGGUACAGACUGCAUACAUCCAUCUGAUGCUGAAUCCGUUCUACAUGCCGGACGAGAGGACGCCGUUGCAGAUAGCAAAUUAUGGGGGCAAAAGCCCCGAAAUCACGAGCAAAAAGUUCAUUGCAGAGAUUCAGAGGAUCGGAAAGAUAUGGUACCCGGGAAUUGGAAGUAUCUGA